UUUACUGUUUAGGUCACAUCUCAACAAAGCGUGACGUUCCUAAACAAGCAUGGUACACAGCGGCGAAGAUGCGCUCUGUUCGGGACAGUUCAGAAUUCUAUCACAAUUAAUAUUUGAUUCGCAGCCCAUAUCUCAGAACGAAACGAUGAUCGUCUGAACCCUGAAAUUCCACAGAAUUGGAAUGCGCUAUUGGAACUGUGGAAGAUCUGCUUAGGCGACUUCUGACCAUGCCAAGACACUACGAACCCGGCUUCUUGCCAGCGAUAUCAUUGCUUCUCGUCUAGACUAUCACUUUGUGGGUGUCUUCAUCGACGUUGCCAGGCUCUCAACACUCCGAAGUCUGCCUUAGCCUGCAAAAAUGUCAGAUACAGAAGAACAAGAUUCUAAGCUUUUAUCUGUUGUAUUGAACAGCACGAGAGUCGGGUACUGCGUUCUAGCAGCGUUUGCGGUUCUCCUCUACGACAUAUGCUUAACUUCCUCUCGUGAAGUGGAUUGCAUUUGGAGACGAAGAUUCACUGCUGUGACGGCGCUUUUUGCAAUCAAUCGGUAUGCUACCUUGGCUAGCAUGUCCCUUCAGGUUAUCGCAGGCAUGUACGUGCCCAAAUCUACCAUCUCAUGCAACGCGAUAAAAUAUUCAGCAAACGUAUUUGACGUUCUUGGAGCAUUCACUUUUGCGGCCUUUGCAAGUUUACGCAUAUGGGCGAUAUGUGGCCGAAAGUGGUUUCCGUUGCUUGUGGUUCUUAUUCCGAGCCUGUUUAUCCCAUGUAUUAACAUCUACAACUUCUCGGCUCGAUUCACAGUGAGCGUUAUUUCAUCAGGGCCCUUCGCAGGUUGUACUUUUGAGCCACUGGAUCCUCCCAAAUGGACUUAUUGGCCCAUCAUGACUCGUGCCGUCGCGGUCACAGCAGACCUAGUGGUGCUUGUGUUUACCUGUGUAAAUACUGGUCAUGUGUUGUCCAGCACCAGUAGACAACUGCACGUCAAGUCUCAGAUGUCUACCCUACUAUUCAGAAAUGGUGCGGUACAUUUCUUGGCGUUGCUUGUUAUGAACGUAACGACGAUGGUGCUGAACUACCUCAAUGUGGCGAACGCGGAAAGUGCUCUAGGAACAUACUUUAUCUACGUCAACUAUUCGAUGUCAUCUGUCCUAAUCUCUCGUUUCUUUCUGGAUCUGCGGACGGCGUACGGGGAAGACGCGUUUGAUGACUUGGGCUCGGAAGCUUUCAGCACUAUUCACUUUGCAAGUAGAGUUGCCGGAAACAUCGGAGCUCCUCUUGACAACUCAACGUGGACAACUGGCGACACUUGUGAGGAUGAGCUAGACAAUCAAGUAGACGGGGAAACUCACGACAGCCGGGGCGAGAUGGUAGAAGUCUUUAGGUGAAUUCUGGUAGCCACAGCAAGUCAGUCUUACUGAACGACAUUUGUAAUCUCAUGUUCGUGGUUCACCCAGAUGUACAAGAGAUUCGUACGACGACACCAAGUUGAAUGAUCUAUUGAAACAUGA